AUGGCAAUUACUAGAAAAGAAAAACACAGAACAAAGGCGCAUCCGACGAGUCCAACAAUAAAAGCGACGGAAAAUAAACCUAAACCGGCUAAUGCAAAACCGAUUCGCCAUACACCCAAACAACUGAAUACUGGCGUGACGAUCUGCAAGAAACUGCUCAAAGCAAAUGAUGAUGAAUUGAAGAAAGAGAUAGCAUCACGAGCGAAGAAUUUCUACAACGGCGAAGAAGCGAAGGCCCUUCAAAUUGAUGUGGUUACAAACCUUGCGCAAGGUCGGAAUACUUUUCUGUUGGCUGGGACCGGAUAUGGAAAGUCAAGAAUAUCGGAAAUGUACUUCAAGCUCUUACCUCAAAACACUAAACCGGUGAUCCUUGUUCUGAACCCUUUGGAUGCAUUGGGUGAUAAUCAGGUGGCAGAGAAACAAGGCAAGUUCUCUGCCAUCAAUUUGACAAAGCUUACGUUCAAUAAACAAGUGGCGGAUGAAAUUCAGCAGGGCGAUUACAAUUUCGUGUAUCUCAGUCCAGAGAUAUUCUUGAAUAACAAGCUGUGGGAUACGGUGUACUUCAGCACUGAGUUCCAACAACGGCUUGCGUUGGUAGUGGUGGACGAAGCGCAUAUGAUCUACCUGUGGGGACUUGUGCAGAGUAAUGGAAGAAGAGUCAAUGCAGUGUUUAUUCGACUUGAAGACAUUGGAAUCUUUCGACCGUCUUACGGAAAACUAGCGCUACACUUACAAUGCCGAAAUAAAGCACCUAUACUGAUGCUUUCAGCAACUUGCGAGUUGAGUCGGAAGGAGAUUCGAAUCAUUCGUAUCAAAAUGAAUUUCUCACUGCGAUCAAACUUGGACCUGCUGAAUGUUUUCCCCACAAAAAAGAAGUUGUCAGAUGAUGAUCUCGUUCCAACUUUGAUCUACAGUGGAACUCGGGCUCGGACAUUAACGGUGUUGCAAGUUCUUGAUAUGGCUCGUGGGACGCCUCAAAAUUGCUUGGAUCCAAACAAUACGCUAGCCAGGCGAUUCCAUGCGUGUACCGGCGAUAAAGAUAAAGUAGACGUUGUGGAGGGGUUCUCUAAGGGACAGUUUCCAAUAAUAUCGUCAACCAUGGCACUGGGCCUCAGUCAAAAUUGGAAGCGAGUUCGUUGUGUUAUCCACAUGGGGCGGGCCGAUCCUGCAAAUAUCAUGCAAAUGAUUGGAAGGUGUGGGAGAGAUGGGAAGGACGGUCUUGCAAUCCUAUUUGUUGAAGGGAAUCGCAAGGGUGGAAAAAAUUCAAUUGACGAUGUGGUGGUCCAGGCUGUUGUGCGCAACAAAACUGCCAAAACCCCUACCUUAUAA